AUGCCAGGUUUGACAUGGGCGAAGUGGCGUGGCUUGCUGGCAUCAGAGCGCAUUGGUGUCAUUCGACAUGCCCUCACUGAGAGGCAGGAGCUCGGCAUCCGACCAGUGAAAGCCGUGAUGAAGAGCUGUGUUCUGCCGAUCGUACAAGUGAUGGUGCCCACAGAUCUCGCAGCUGAGCACGAUAUUGGUACUGAUUCCAUGGUUGUUCUCUUUGCUGCUGAUGAAGACUUCCGCUUGGAUGCAUCUGGCGAAUCGGCAGCGGUACUUGGAGUUGUGACGAGUUCUAAGCGGGAAAUUGACACCGGCAUGACAACAGUUACCCUGAAAUUGGCCAGCAAGGAAGCCGAGUAUGACGCGCGUCUGGGUGCUAAGAAUUUGAUGGCGAGCGAAGAGGUCAAUUGUCUAUUUUUGGACGAUACGAAUGUCACGUGA